CCGGUGAGCCAACGUCCCUUGGAACUGGACAAGGUUACGGUUGGAGCUAGUCAGGCGUGAUGGGCAGGGUUUAAAAGGCUCCCGGAGAAUCCCCACCCUCGGACUCAGCGACCUGGCCGGCUUCAACAUGAGGGGCCUGCUGGUUUUUAGCGUUCUGCUGGUGGCUGCCUUCGGGAAGGAAGACUUUUCAGGACACCAGGUUCUUCGAAUCAACGCCGCAAACGAAGCCGAGGUGGACAAAGUGCGGGAGCUCGAGGAGCUGGAGCACCUGCAGCUGGACUUCUGGCGAGGGCCCGCCAACCCCUCCAUUCCCACCGACGUGCGAGUGCCCUUUUUCAGCAUCCAGGCCGUCAAAAUCUUCCUGGAGUCCAACGGCAUCCAGUACUCCACCAUGAUCGAGGAUGUGCAGACGCUGCUGGAUGAGGAACAAGCACAGAUGUUCGCCUUCCAGUCUCGUGCCCGCUCCACCGACACCUUCAAUUACGCCGUCUACCACAACCUGGAGGAGAUCUACAGUUUCAUGGACAUGCUGGUGGCUGAGAACCCAGGGCUGGUCAGUAAGAUUCAGAUCGGCAGCAGCUACGAGGGCAGGCCCAUUAACGUCCUCAAGUUCAGCACCGGGGGUACCAAACGCCCCGCCAUCUGGAUCGACACUGGCAUCCACUCCCGCGAGUGGGUCACUCAGGCCAGCGGCCUCUGGUUUGCCAAGAAGAUCACCGAGGGCAGUGACCCAGCCCUCACUGCCAUCCUGAGCACCAUGGACAUCUUCCUGGAGAUUGUGACCAACCCCGAUGGCUUUGCCUUCACCCACUCUACGAACCGCAUGUGGCGUAAGACCCGCUCUGUCAACGCCGGCUCAUCCUGCAUCGGGGCGGACCCCAACAGGAACUGGGACUCUGGCUUUGGAAUGGCCGGGUCGAGCAACAACCCGUGCUCGGAGACCUACCGGGGCAAGCACGCCAACUCUGAGGUGGAGGUCCAGUCCAUCGUGGACUUCGUGAAGGGCCACGGGAACAUCAAGGCCUUCAUCUCCAUCCACAGCUACUCGCAGCUCCUCAUGUACCCCUACGGCUACACCAGCAUCCAGGCCGCUCACCACAAGGAGCUGGAUGACCUGGCCAAGGCCUCGGUGACCGCCCUGGCUUCUCUGUAUGGGACCAGGUACCAAUAUGGCCCCAUCAUCACCACCAUCUACCAGGCCAGUGGCGGCACCAUUGACUGGACCUAUGACGCGGGCAUCAAGUACUCCUUCACCUUCGAGCUGAGGGACACCGGCUUCUACGGCUUCUUGCUGCCGGCCAGCCAGAUCAUCCCCACGGCCCAGGAGACGUGGCUGGGCCUCAUGACCAUCAUGCAGCACGCCCACACCCACCCCUACUGAGCCGGCGGGGCUACCCGCCCCCACCUUGCACUCCCUACCUGCCCCAAGACCAAUAAAAUGACCAGC